UUCCCCAUCUGGGAAUGGGGAUUAAGAUGCCGACCUCCUUUGUAAAGCGCCGGGUCUCCGUCCGUACAGCUCCGAGCACCUCAUUCUCCCCAGUGUCCAGGUGGGGAAACUGAGGCACGGAGGAGUGACUUGGCCAGUGGCUGAGUCUGGGGGUCCCGGGAGCAGCCCUCCUUGAGCUGUUACCGUGCAGGUCUAAUGCCGGAUCACGAUGCCCGUGUCCCCCCCCCCCCGGAUGGUGAGAGCUGCCACCUCGAGGGCCCGAAACCCAGGAGGUCCGGGCUGAUCCUGCACCCCUGGAGCCGGGCCGCUGGCCACGCGCUGAGCACCCGGGCACCUUUCCCGGCUGGGUGAUCCUGGGCGGGUGGCAUAAGACAGCGGUGGGCACUGGCAGGAGACUCCUGCGGGCACCGUGGCAAAGCAGGAGGCUUGUGAGGUAGCUCGGGUGUUUCUGGGGUUCUCGUGGGUUUUGAGGAGGUCCCAGGUGGGCGACGGACGCUGGCACCAGGGGCCGGAGGGGGGGCGGUAGCUCGCUGGCGAAGGACCGUGUCUGAUGAUUAAACGCUGGCCUUGUCCUCACGUGGCCCCUGGGAGAGCCCGAGUGUGGGGCCUUUGUCCCCGGAUAAAGGGGCCUUUUGCCAGUGUUGGGGGGGGGCAGCGGUGGCCAGUCCUCGGUUGGUUUCAGGAGAAGAAAUGGCACCAAGUCGUGUUUCCCAGGCGAUUUCCUGGCUGCAAAAUCCCCCGCGCCUGCUCGCAGCCAGCCCUGUGCCCAAGGAGCUGGGGCCGUGUGUGUCUGUGUGGGGCAGGGCAGCGGGGGGGCGUUCUCAGGCCUGGGCCGUACAGCAGGUCAGACUCGAUGCACUAAUGGGCCCGCAGGGCCGUGACCGCUCAGGGUCCCCCGGCUUUGGGCUCCAGCUGGGGAACAGAAAUGCAGAGACCUCGAAAUGCAGAUGCUGGGGGGUGGGGAGCAGGGCCAUGGCGGCGGGGAAAGGCCCAUCAGGCUGUUUCCAACCGCUCCUUCCGCUCGGGUAAAAUUGUGUCGCGUCCACGUGCUCAGGGGGUGUCACUUCGCUUCCGUUUACACGGCCUAGUGACCACCACUGCUAGCGCCAUGUGACCGAGCCGGUGUCCCGCUCCGCUGGACUGAGCGAUUGGGUGCAGUGCUAGUGAAUGGUGCCCUGGGAAACCGCCCCCCGGGGGACGCUAGCGCGCUGGGUCGUUCAUUCCUGACAUGCUUCUCCUGGGGUGAGAGCGAGGGCCUUCCUCUUUCAUGUUCUCUCUCUCUCUACGGCUCGAUUCACAGAGUUCACGUGUUUCAUUACAGCUGAGUAACAUGCAAUACAACUGUUAGAGACAAUCUAUACGGAUAUAGACCAUCUUAGUGUUUUAAAUAUCUGCCUUCCUUCUGGAGAAUGAGAUGUAUGUGCAUUAUUGAAGCUGUUAUUUAAAUAUUGAAUAUACUAUUACACUUAAUGUACGUUAUAAUAAAUAUUCAAUAGAAUCACUGUUACAGAAGUAUCCUAUAUUAAACCGGUCAAUAUAAAAAUCUAAUCUUACAAUUAAUUGUAUAUUUUACAUUUCAUAUGAUCUAGUCAUAUCGAGCUCAAUAUUAAAUAGAUCUGCUGUGUCAAUAUUAUCUGUAUCUAUUAUGUUGAAGAUUAUCUCUGAGGUAUUAAAAUAUUGAAUGUACUGUUUGCUGCAUACAAUAGUGUAAUAUAUUUCAUAUACACAAGGAUUUCAAAUAUGGUUCAUAUGAAAUAUCUGCGCAUAGAUUUCCAUCGGACUCACGCUGUGAUAUUUAAACUUACUACAAUGGGUUUGCGACCCUGAAGGUUGUUUUCAUGCUUUCGGAUUCUAUGUGCUGUUAAAUUAAAGCCUCCCGUAAGCUCGGCAGCUCUACGCGCUCGGCCCGGCAUGUGCACUAGCUGAAAUCCGAACCCGGCCGCACGCGCCACGUUUGAACGCUGGAUCCUCGGUGAUGGGCUGGAUUUUCUGUCGCGUUGUCAAGCUCCCCCGGGCUACGUCACACCCAAUAUUCCAUCACUUCAUCCCAUCUACAACUGGAAACCAAAUAACAGAAAUGCUGCCCGCCCCCCCCGCCCCAGGCAGCUGCCCCCCUGCCUGGCAGGACUCCUGGGUUCUCUGUGCCCAUAGUGGGGCUGGCUGGCUCCGUCCCCAUUGGGCCCCGGGCUGCGAUUGUGCUGUAGGGGAGAUUCCCCGGCUGGGGGGGCAGCGCGGAGCUGAAGGGGGACCGGCUCCUUUAUCCCGGGAUACGGGCGUCUGCACCGGGGGAUUAUCCCGGGAUAAGGACCCCUGGGCGAGGUGCAGCCGGGGCUCGGGUAGGGGUGGAGGGCCGGGGAGAGGGGGUCUCCGUGUCUGUGGGUGUUCUGACCCCCCCGUCCAUCUGUCCCCCCACUCAGGUCUGACCUGCGCCCGGGAUCCCUGUGUGAACGGGGGCACCUGCCUGGCACACCCCGAUGGGAGCCGCUCCUGCCUGUGCCCUCCCAGCUUUGUGGGGGAGUUGUGCCAGUUCCAGGAUCCGUGCCGUCCCGGGCGCUGCCAGAAUGGGGGCACCUGCUUCCCCCGGCUCUUCCACCCCUCGGAGCCCCCCACCUACACUUGCUCCUGCCCCCCAGGGUUCACCGGGGAUGAGUGCCAGGGGGCCGUGGGCGACCCCUGCUUCCCCUCGCCCUGCCAGAAACGCGGCACCUGCCAGCGCCUGCCCAGCGCCCAGUACCGAUGCCUGUGCAUGGAAGGAUGGACAGGGAAGAACUGCCAGCUGAUGGAUUUCUGCCCCACCAACCCCUGCGCCAACGGGGGCACCUGCCUGCUCACCUACCCGCACAUCGUGUGCCAGUGCCGGCCCGGCUUCGACGGCCACACCUGCCAGCACGAUGUCAACGAAUGCUACCGGGACCCCGGGCCCUGCGCCAACGGGGGCACCUGCCUCAACAGCCUGGGCUCCUUCCGCUGCCUCUGCCCCCCCGGCUUCUCCGGCCCCCAGUGCCAGCACCGCGCCGGGCCCUGCUCCGCCGGGCUGUGUCUGCACGGCGGGACCUGCCGCCCCCUGGCCGGCGGCUACCACGGCUGCCAGUGCCCGCCAGGGUUCACGGGGCAGCUGUGUGAGGUGAACCCCGAUGACUGCGUGGGGCACCAGUGCCGGAACGGGGGGGCCUGCCAGGACGGGCUGGGGACGUACUCCUGCCUCUGCCCCCCAGGCUGGACGGGCUGGGACUGCUCGGGGGACGAGGACGAGUGCCUGGCACCGGGCCCCCCCCCUUGCCACCACGGCGGCACCUGCCACAACCUGCCCGGGGGCUUCCGCUGCGUCUGCGUCAACGGCUGGUCGGGCGCCAGCUGCACCCACAACGUGGACGACUGCGUCUCGGCCACCUGCUUCCCCGGCGCCACCUGCCUGGACCGCGUGGGCACCUUCCUGUGCCAGUGCCCCCCGGGGCGCACAGGGCUCCUGUGCCACGUGAGCGACGCCUGCCUGAGCAGCCCCUGCCACGCGGAGGCCUCGUGCGACACCAACCCCCUGACGGGCUCGGCCGUCUGCAUGUGCCAGCCGGGCUCCACCGGGCCCACCUGCCACCAGGACCUGGACGAGUGCCAGCUGGGCGCGGAGCCGUGCGAGCACGGGGGGCGCUGUGAGAACGCCGUGGGCUCCUUCCGGUGCCGCUGCCCGGCCGGCUACACGGGGUCCCGCUGCGAGGCCGACGUGAACGAGUGCCUGAGCCAGCCCUGCCUGCGGGGGGCGCCCUGCCUGGACCUGCUGGGCCGCUUCCAGUGCCUCUGCCCCCCCGGCUUCCAGGGGCCCACGUGCGAGCGGGAGGCGGACGCCUGCGCCAGUCACCCCUGCGGGAACGGGGGGCGCUGCCAGGCCGGGGCGGGGGCCUUCCGCUGCCACUGCCCCCCCGGGUUCGAGGGGCCGCGCUGCCUGGAGGAGGCGGGAGCCUGCGCCAGCGACCCCUGCCGGGGGGGCACCUGCCUGGAGGUCGCGGGCGGCUUCUCCUGCCUCUGCCCCCCCGGCUUCUCGGGCCCCGACUGUGCCCCCUGGAGCGACGCCUGCAGCCGGCGGCCCUGCGCCCAGGGCACCUGCCAGACCCACCCGCAGGGGGCUCUGUGCGUCUGCGCCCCCGGCUGGACGGGCCAGGACUGCUCGGCCGAGAUCGACCCCUGCGAUUCGGGGCCCUGCCCCCAGGGGGCGACCUGCCAGCCCCGGCCCCACGGCUACACCUGCACCUGCCCCCAGGGGUUCACAGGUGUGAGGUGCGCGGAGGAGCUGGACGGGUGCCGGGGGGGGCCGUGUCGGAACGGGGGCACCUGCCAGAACAGCCCCGUGGGGUACCUCUGCCUGUGCCCCCCGGGGUUCAGCGGGGAGCGUUGUGAGAGCGACCUGGACCAGUGCGUCCCCAAUCCCUGCAGGAACGGUGGGUCCUGCCUGGAUGGGGCCGGAGCCUUCGCCUGCCUCUGCCCCCCGGGGUUCAGUGGGGAGAACUGCCAGACGCCGCUGCCCCCCCGCUGCCCCCCAUGCCAGAACGGGGGGCGCUGCCAGCUGGGUGGCCCCUCCCCACCCCGCUGCCGCUGCCCCCCAGCCUGGGGGGGGGCCCUAUGCCAGGAGCCGCAGAGCCCCUGCCAGGCGGCCGCCCGGAGACGAGGGGCCCAGUGUGAGUCAGUGAUUGACAGCUGCCAAUCAAACCCAUGUGCCAAUGGGGGGACCUGUGCAGUGACGGGCAGCACCCCCUCCGACUUCACCUGCCGCUGCCCUCCGGGUUACAGCGGUGCCACCUGCGACGUCCAGCUGCCCCCCUGCGGAUCCCACUUCUGCCACCACGACGGGGUGUGUGUCCAGCACCCGGCUGGUCCCCGCUGCCUCUGCCCGGGGGGCUACGGGGGCCCCGGCUGCCUCCAGCCCCGCCCCCCGGCUCCCUGCCCCCCCGGCGGCUCGGCAUGCCCCCAGCCUGGGGCGGGGGGGCCCUGCGGGGAGCUGGCUGGGGACGGCGUCUGCCACCCGGCCUGCAGCUCCCCCUCCAGCGCCUGGGACGGGGGCGACUGCUCGCUGGGGGUGCUGGACCCCUGGGCGGGCUGCCCGGAGCCGUGCCAGCCGGGCUUCCGCGACGGGCGCUGCCACCCCCAGUGCGACAGCGAGGCCUGUCUCUACGACGGGUACGACUGCCGGCCCCCGGCCCCCUGCAGCCCGGCCUACGCCCACUACUGCCACGACCACUUUGCCAACGGACACUGCGACCGGGGCUGCCUGUCCCCCGAGUGCGGCUGGGACGGGGGGGACUGUGCCCCGGGGGGGGGCGGGACCCUGGGGCUGGCGGCCGCCCUGCCCCCCCCAGCCCUGCCUGGCCUGCUCUACGCCCUGGCGCUGGCCCUGCGUGUGGGGCUGAGCCCCCGGCACGACCCCCAGGGCCGGCCCAGGCUCCACCCCUACACGGGGCGCGAGGGGCCAGGCGGGGGGAACCGCACCGGCGGGUGGCCCCCCCUGGGGUCCCCCCACCCUGCACCCACCGCAGCCGGCCAGGAGGGGGAGAUGGACCCCACCGGGUCCGUCGUGUUCCUGGUGGUGGAUGGGUCCCGCUGCGCCGGGCGCUGCCUGACAACCCCUGAGAGCGCCCGGCGCUUCCUGGGGGCUCUGGCCGCCUCCAACGCUCUGGGGGCGCUGACCCCCCACCCCCUGGCGGCCGUGUGGGUCGAAGAGGCCAGCAGCGACCCCCAGGCCUCCGCCCCCCGGCUGCCCUGGCCCCUGCUCGGCAGCCUGCUGGCGGGGGGGCUGGCGCUGGCCCUGGGGGGGGUGCUCGGGCUCCGGCUGCGCCGCCGGGGGGCGAGGAAACAGGGGGGGCUCUGGCUCCCCGCGGGGUUCGCCCGCCCCCGGGACCCCAACGCCCGGCGCCGCCGGGACCCCGUCGGGGAGGACGCCAUUGGCCUGAAGCCUCUGAAGCUGGAGCCCGAGUUCGAGGACGACGGGCAGCCGAGCCCUCAGCAAAUCGAGGCUGACGCCCCCCCCUCGGAGCAGGACUGCCGGCACUGGACACCCAAGCACCUGAGCCCACAAUGCAUCAUGCUGACCCCGCCCCAGGAGGAGGACCCCGAGGGGCGGGACCUCGACGCCAGGGGGCCAGCAGAUGGGGUGACGCCGCUGAUGGCAGCGGUGUGUGCGGGGGGCGCCGUGGGGGAGCUGCUGGCCCAGGGGGCACGGCUGGACGCCCAGACGGACGCGACGGGGGAGACGGCCCUGCACCUGGCCGCCCGCUUUGCCCGGGCCAGCGCCGUCCGCAGCCUCCUGGACGCCGGCGCCGACCCCAACGCACGGGACCGGGCGGGGCGCAGCCCCCUGCACAGUGCCAUCGGGGCCGACGCCCUGGGGGCCUGCCAGCUCCUGAUUCGCUGCCGGCAGACGGACCUGGACGCCCGCAUGAGUGACGGCGCCACCCCCCUGAUCCGGGCUGCGCGCCUGGCGGUGGAGAGCGGGACGGAGGAGCUGCUGCGGGGCGGGGCGGCCGUCAACGCCGCCGACAAGUGGGGGAAGACGGCCCUGCACUGGGCUGCGGCUGUGAAUAACGCCCAGGCCGCCCUCGCCCUGCUCCGGAGCGGCGCCAGCAAGGAUGCCCAGGACAACCGGGCACAGACCCCGCUGUUCCUGGCGGCCCGGGAGGGCAGUGCGGACGUGGCGCGGCUCCUGCUCCGGCACCGGGCGAGCCGGCAGCUCCCGGACGAGCUGGGUCACCUGCCCCGCGACGCCGCCCUCGCCCGCGCCCACCAUGACCUGCUCCGCCUGCUGGACGACCCCCGCCUGGGCCCCCCGCCCUGCCGCCCCCCCAGGCUCCGCCCCCUCCCGGAGGAGCCGGAGCCGCCCGCCCCCUGCCUCGCGCCGCGCCGGCCCUGGGCUCCCGGCCAAUCGGACGGUGCCCCGGUGCAGUGACUCCACCCCCAGGGCGCUGCCGGGGAGGGGGCUCGGAUUGGACGGCGGAGGGGUGUGGCCGUACCGGCCUGUGACAUCACCAGGCAGGCAGGUGAGUGCCGGAGGAUGAUGUCAGAGACAGGAAGUGAUGUCACACGGAAGACGGUGAUGUCAUAACGUGCAACCCGAUGGACAGGAAACGAUGUCACCCGGGACACUGGCAGCCUCAGGGGCUCUGACAUCAUUGACAGGGCGUGAGAGCGCCCAAUGGGACAGCACGACAGGCAGGAAGUGAUGUCACACACCCAGGAGCUGAUGAUGUCACACACGGGGCCUUGCGAUGAUGUCACAGAGCAGGAAGAGGCGGGGCUUUGCAACCCCCCCGUCACCGAGGGACAGGUGGGGGGUGACCCCCCCAGCACCAACCCCUCCCCUGCCCCCUGCCCAGAUAUUUAUACCCCCCUUUCCCCCCUCCCCGCGCCGCAGGAGAAUAAAGGGAGUCGAUGCCUCUGCCUCUGGCUGGGAGAAAAUGUCUGGGGGUGCAGAGGGGGAAACUGAGGCACAGGGAGACGCUGCCCAGUCCAGACCCCGCAGUGAACCCAGGGGUCCUGGCUCCCGCCCCCCAAGCAGAGGCCGUCACCCCCCGUU